AUGGAUCCGAUGCAGAUUUUAGAAACGAAGAUUUAUGACGUUGGAUUACUGUUACACGAAGCUGAUGUAUCAUUGCAAAGUGUUGAGGGCGUUGAGAAAUUGAAGCGGAAAUUGCAAGUCGAGAUGGAACUUUUGCUUAAUUUGAAAGAUAAACCGAUCAGUGUAAUGAAACGAAAUUUGGUUGCUAGUAAUUUGGUACAUUUCCGAGGCUUGCUUGAUGUGGCGAGAAAAAAUAUAAAAAGAGAAGUUGACUUGGUGGUCGAUGAUGGUGCAGCCUGGGUCAAAGUUAUAUCAAAGAAUGUUCGAAGCCUUGCCAUGGAUUUUGUUGGUGCCAGUGCAAGUUCCAGUCGGUCGAUUACUGAACAAGCGCUUGAUUAUGUUGAGAUGGCUCGCAAUCAUCCGUAUUUCUUCAAAGUUCCAAAAAUUAUAUUUGAAUUCGUUAACGGUGUUCCAGACUUGUUGCGACGUAAACUCGUGUCAUUUGGAAUUAAUGUGGACAUUAACGGUCUUGUAAAACUGCCUGCUGAUUUUGAUUUGAGUGAUGGAGAUACUUGCGGUAAUUGUAGUCCAUGUUUUUUGGAGAAUAGUAGCCCAGAAAUGGAAACUAUGAACGCAGUCAAUCUUGAUAUAAGUUCUGUAUUCGUUCUUAUUUCGUCUUUGACGCAUGGCAGUGGUGCAAAUCUCACAUAUAGUAGUCGCCUGUUAAAUGCUCAAGCGACUCUGGAAAGAGAGAAGCCUGCUCUUCCUUUCUUAUUAAAAGUUAUUGACGGGAAACGGUUACUUAUCUGUCAAUCUGCGUACAAUGCUGUAGAGUCAAUUCUGAGUACAGUCGCUGGACCAGAAGAAAAAAAGCGUGCCAAAGCAUUAUUCGCAAAGAUAAUAUUUGGUUCGGGUGAUUAUUACAAAGCUGUUACGGUCACUGCCAAUCGUCAUUUUGUUCAUGCAGCUGCUAAUCAGGGCAUCCAUUUCGCUGCCAUUAUUCACGAGUCAAGAGCAUUAAGUGAAAAGAAGCAAAUAGAGCAAGGUGCUGUUAGGGCUGUUAGAUUCAACGUGGAUGGCAAUUACUGCUUGUCGUGCGGUACGGAUAAAUCAAUCAAGCUAUGGAACCCAUACAAAGGGACAUUUUUGAAAACAUACACAGGGACGGGAUGGGAGGUUUUAGAUGUACAAGGUUCUAGUGAUAAUUCGAUGAUACUUUCUGGUGGUAGAGACAAGCAAUUAACAAUAUUUGAUGUUGAAACUGGAAAAAUAACGCGGCGUUGGAAGGGACAUAAUGGACAGAUUAAUGCUGUAGCUUUUAGUGAAGAAUCAACUGUAGCUAUAUCUGGUUGUCAGGAUGGUGUUGUACGAUGUUUUGAUGUUCGCGAUAAAAAUGCUCCAAUACAGAACAUAGAUGAAGCUACUGAUGCAGUGCUAACAGUGGAUGUCAAUUCACACGAGAUAGCUUCUGGUUCAGCUGAUGGUAGCAUUCGGAUCUACAAUGUUCGAGACGGAAAAAUGGUUGAUGAUUUUUUGGGAGGCAGUGUUACGUCAUUACAUUUUUCUAAUGACGGUCAGUGUUUGCUUGUAUCCACCAAAGAUGGAUUUAUUCGCUUACUGGACAAAAUAAAUGGACAACUAUUAGCGGAAUACACUAGUCAUGUAAAUAGUGAAUACCGAGUUGAAAGUUCUUUUCUCGCAACUGAUGCGCACGUUGUCAGUGGUUCUGAAGAUUCUUAUUUAUAUAUAUGGAGUUUGAUUGACAUGAAAGUGUUGCACAAGUUACCACAUCCAAAUUCGAUUGUGCAUUCAGUUAGUGUACACCCGAAGAAGCCCUCACUGUUAUCCGCAUCAACAACCAACAUAUUUCUAUGGGGACUGUCUGAAGAAGAUGAUGAUGAGACAUAA